GCCAUUUUGGCUCAAGCCGUUCCCUGUUCUGCUCGCUCUCGUUUUGGGCCCUGCGGGAGGCCGCAGAGUUCGGGCGCUUGGGGAGAUGGCUACGGUCGGCUGCCAAGCUGCCCCUGUGGCGGCCGAGCAGCCUCGGCAGGCGGGAGGGGCCGCGGCUUCUCUCUAGCCAGCGCGCCGCGCCCGCCAGUGCGCUGCGCGCAGUGCUGCCCAAGGGAAGCUGGCGGCUGCCUUGGCGAGAGUCGCGACGCUCGAGGCCGAGCUCGCCGACUGCCGCGCGGUGCGCGGGGAGGCGGCGGCGCAGGCCGUGCGGAUCGCGGCUCUUCCGCUCGGCAGCCAACAGGUCCCCGACGACGUCCUGGUCCAGGAGCUCUCGACGCGUCUGGCCCUGGCCGUGCCUGUGCUGAUGGACAUGCUCGUCGACCGCCGCGCAGCUGCAGUUGGCGCCGCUGUCCCUCGCGCUGCCCCCGCCGCGCCGCCCCCCUGUGGCGGCAGCAGCGGGGCGCAGUGUGGCACGCUCGGCGCGGACGUCAGCGACGAGCUUACAUCGUCGCUCACUGUUGAUGGGGCCGCUUCCUCGGGAGCAUGCAGGCGCGCUUCGCCGCUGGCCACCGCCAGGCGGAAUGCUGGCAUGCAUUGCGCUUCGAGGAGGGGCGCAUCAAUUGCGAAGAUGAGGUUGACAUCGCUCAACCGACUGCAGCGUAGCGGUCCAGGUUGUCGAUCUCGGCAAGGACGCGAUGCUGGUGGUCGCGGUCGUGCUGCUCUUCCUCAGCUUCGCCCUGCAGGUGCAGCGGUUCCACGCCGCCGCGUGCCUGCCCAGCGCUCGGCGGCCGAGGGAGUGGAGACGGGCUGGUGUGUGGCUCGCAGGCGCGGGCGCAGCCUGCCCGCUGGCGCGUCCUUCGUGCUCGCCGAGCUCGUGCGCAGAGCGGGUCAUCCCACUGCGGCCCCGCUGGCUUCUGGGCCGCUUUGGUGGCACGCUGGCGUCGAGGGAUUGGAUGACUCGGCCUUGGCAAGGCCUGAGAGCAGCGGCGGCUUCGGCGAGCAACCUGCCCCUCGGCCUUCUGAAGGUGGUGCGGUUCAUCCUCGUCGCCUCCCUGAUCCUGGUGCGGCGUGUAGCACUGCCUGCACCUCCUCGCCUGCUGCUUUCGCGGACCCCUCGAUCGUCACGGCGUACUUGCUGGCCAACGAGUCUGCCGUCCUCAGCGGUGGCAGCGAGAGGGCCGCUGGCGACAUCGACGGCGAGUUCAGCAUGCAGGAGGUCGGCUCCCGCAACCAGGACGGCGACAGGUCCUUGGCCUCGGAUGCCGUGGCGCACGACGGCUUCGACCUCUCCCCGCACCUCGGCACGGACGACGGCGUGGAGGCGGCUAGGCCCCAGCGCAACGGCGGCAGGAGCCUGGACGACGACGCCCUCAUCACUUCGUCUCCCUCGGACUCCUGCUCCUGCUCUGGCGGCGGGGGGAUCGAUGAGGAGGUCGGCGUGGGCGGCGUCGGUGACGGCUGCACGCUCCACGGCUCGGAGACGGUGGCGCGCCAGGAGCCCGCGCGUGGGCCCAAGAGGCUCCUGGCUCUGCGCCGCCACGUCUUCGCUGGAUGCGUGGCCCUCACGGUUGACCGCGACAUUCGGAGGCCGGGCUGGCAGGGCGCAGGCGGCGACGACGCCCCUCCAGCUCCCUCAGCCUCCGAGCGAGAAGCUGGGCGCCUCUGGCUCCGCGACACGUUCGGGCCUGGCUCCCCGUGGAGGACGUGGGCCAGGCAGGAGCGGCGGCGGAGGCGCGAGGCUCAGCUCCAGCAGUAGGCGGCGGUCGACGCUUUCUCUCUGGCGAGCGUGCUCUGCGGUGCAGUCAGCCUCGCUUGCCUUGCUUGACGGCAUCUGAAUUUGUCUGUGCAUGAUAAGCCCCAGGGUGAUAGGAUA